GCUAUGGAGAAGUAAAGGCUUCGCUUCCUGACCUUCCAGCCAGCCCACCCACGAGGACGGUGGGGCCGCUUCCCUUCUGGUGCUUGGCCUCCGUCAAGUGGCACGAUGGCGGAACUAUUUAUGGAAUGUGAGGAGGAGGAGCUUGAACCCUGGCAACAGAGCACUAAACCAAUUGUUGUGGAGGAUGAGGAGGACGAUGACGAGCCCAUCUUUGUGGGGGAGAUUUUGAGCUCCAAACCAGCCAAUACAUAUAUAUUAAACAGAGUCCACCCCAGCUCGCCACGCACGGCAGUGCAGAACGGGACGCCGAAAAGAGGGUUCCAGCCGCUGACCCGACCUGCUGCAAGCACGCUAGCCGUUCAGCCCCAGCCGCGGGCGGGCAGUCUUUCAGGGACUUCACCUGGCCUGCAGAAGCCCCUCCCCGGAGGCUCUUCACCCCAAGAGGCAGCCAAGCCGAGCGCUGGCAUCUCUCAGCCCGUUAGCAGAUCUGCCCCAACGCCGUCGAUAUCCGGGAACCUGAACAUACCUGCCAUGGCUCCGUCUGCGGCCCGGCCGGUGGCGACGGUGACUGCGCAGCCAGCAGCGCUCCAUCGGGCUGCCCCGACUAAUACUUCCAGCAUAGUUUUUGGCAUAAGGCAGAAUUCAGGAGCAGCCCUGUGUCCAAGCGGAGCAGCAGUGACAACCACAGGCUUGGCCAAGCGCCCAGCUUCUACCGAAGUGAGCAGCGUUAGUCCCAAAAAGGCGAAGGCUGAAGAGACGGGAACCGGGAGCAGUCCGCCUGUCGCACCUUCGGUGAGGUCUCCCAACGAGAUGCCCUUGCUUCAGAAAGGGGUGGCCUCCUGCAACACUAAGAACGGAGCUACUUUCCCACAAGCCUGUCCCAAGUGUAAUAUUCAUUUCAACCUUUUGGAUCCCUUAAAAAACCACAUGAAGUAUUGCUGCCCAGAGCUGGUGCACACCUUUCUGGGGUCACCCACGACAGAUUCCUCAGGUGCGUCGGCUAAAAUUGCUGAAUCGGAGAGAGGGAAACUGAUCAUGUUAGUGAACGACUUCUACUACGGCAAGUACGAGGGCAACAUCCAGCAGGUGCAUCAGGAGCAGAAGACACACACGACCUUCAAGUGUGCCAGCUGCAUGAAGCUUCUCAAAAACAACAUCCGGUUCAUGAACCACAUGAAGCACCACCUGGAGCUGGAGAAGCAGGAGAGCUGGGAGAGCCACACCACCUGCCAGCACUGCUUCCGACAGUUCCCCACCCCCUUCCAGCUGCAGUGCCACAUCGAGAGCACCCACACGCCUCACGAGUCCUCCACCGUCUGUAGAAUAUGUGAAUUAUCCUUUGAAACGGAGCAAAUUCUUUUGCAACAUAUGAAGGACAAUCACAGGCCCGGGGAAAUGCCCUACGUCUGCCAGGUGUGCAACUACAGAUCGUCUGCAUUUUCAGAUGUGGAAAAACACUUCCGGGCUGUUCACGAGAACACAAAAAACUUGCUCUGCCCCUUUUGCCUUAAAGUUGUUAAAAUCGGGGCCCCUUAUAUGCAUCACUACAUGAGGCACCAGAAAAAAGGAGUGCACCGCUGCACCAAGUGCCGGCUCCAGUUCCUGACGUGCAAAGAAAAACUGGACCAUAAAUCUCAGCAUCACCGGACGUUCAGGAAACCCCCUCAACUCGAAGGGUUGCCUCCAGGAACCAAAGUGACUAUCAGAGCUUCCGCUGGGUCUAUUCCGCCUGGAUCGGUACCCGCCACGCCCGUUGUUGGCCCCAGCACGUCCACUUUACAGUUGUCUCCCCAUGUUAAAGCCACAAACACUAAGAACUACAAUAAACUGAAUGUCAGCAAGGGAAAGCCCAAGCCAAAGCCCUGGAGCAAAAGGCUGAGCACGGGGACCAGCGGCCUCAGCAGCGGCGGUGGCAGCGGCAGUGGCAGCGGCAGCAAAAAGAACAACAAGAUUGCAAACACGGCAUUAAAUAAUCUCCGAUGUUCGGAGAUCCAGAAGUGCAUCGAGUGUUCCGCCGACAUCCGGACAUUUGCCAGCCACUUCCCCGCUUACGUCCACUGCAGCCUGUGCCGCUACAGCACGAGCUGCAGCAAGGCCUACGUGAACCACAUGAUGAGCUUUCACAGUGCCCGUCAAAGUAAACGGUUUUGGAUUUAUAAAGCUCGUUCUGAAGAACUGAGGGGCACCACUACGUUUUGUCUGAAUUGUGAUUAUGUGACGGAUGAUUCCGGGUUAGACAAGAUGGCCACACACUUGAACGAGCGCCAGUAUCACCGGUGCCAGGUCAUUGUGGAAAAUGUGUCCUCGGAGGAUGUGGCUACCGAAGAUCUUUCUGACCCAACGGACGGCGCGUCCUUAAGCAAUGAAGGCGAAGAUCAGUCCCAGAACCUCCUUUCCAGACCCGAUCCCCCCGAAGGGCAAGAAGGGACACCCUCGGCUCCUGCAAGCCCAGUGACGAAAAACUCUGCGGAAGGGACAGAUAAGGCCCAACUUGAUCCAGGGGAUGAAACGUCUUCCGCUGAUCAACAGGAAGAGAAGGCCCCUCACCCAAGUCAAGACCACCCACCCAGUCCGGUACCCUCGGCCCCAUCGGAAGAAGGGAGCGAAGGCUGCCUCGAAGGCCAGGAGGCUGAAGGCGCUGCAGCAGCUGGGAGUGGGGAGCCCGCGUCUCCUUCAGCACCCAGCCCCCCCUCUGGUCUGGGAGGCCAGACCUUCUCAGAAGGCCCUGCGGAAGGUGGAGAGGCGGGCCAGACUGGGAAUCCGCUGGCUGAAGGCGCUGCAGCAGCUGGGAGUGGGGAGCCCGCGUCUCCUUCAGCACCCAGCCCCCCCUCUGGUCUGGGAGGCCAGACCUUCUCAGAAGGCCCUGCGGAAGGUGGAGAGGCGGGCCAGACUGGGAAUCCGCUGGCUGAAGGCGCUGCAGCAGCUGGGAGUGGGGAGCCCGCGUCUCCUUCAGCACCCAGCCCCCCCUCUGGUCUGGGAGGCCAGACCUUCUCAGAAGGCCCUGCGGAAGGUGGAGAGGCGGGCCAGACUGGGAAUCCGCUGGCUGAAGGCGCUGCAGCAGCUGGGAGUGAAGAGGCUGCGUCCCCUUUAACGCCGAGCCCCACCUCAGGUCUAGGAAGCCAGACCUUUGCAGAAGAGCCGAUGGAAAGUGGAGAGACGGGCCAGACUCGAAGUCCACUGGCUGACAGCUCUGCAGCAGCUGGGAGUGAAGAGCCCGCGUCUCCUUUAGCGCCAGGAUCCCCCUCUGGUCUAGAAGGCCAGACCUUUGCAGAAGAGCCGAUGGGAAGUGGAGAGGUGGUCCAGACUGGAAGUCCGCUGGCUGAAGGGGCUACAACUGCAGAGGGAGGAGGAGAAGGCUCCUCUCCGUCUGCUUCAGGAGAAUGCUCCGGCCCACGACUGUCUGCCUGCUCAGAAGACCCAGGAGAGCCCGCCAAAGAAGGAAGCCUUCGGAAUCAGCUGGCUGAAGGGGCCGUCGUGGCCGAGGGUGGAGAAGAGGCAUCUCCUUCCGUUCUCGAGCACUCUGCCAGUCCCAGACUGGCAGCCCACUCAGAGGACCUUCCCCAAGUCCCUGCAGGAGAAGGAAACACAGACAGCCAUGAGGAUCGGGUUGCCGGAAGCCCCGCAGUCGAUGAGUGCGAAGGAAACGCAUCCGUGGCAGAACCCUCCUCUGGCCUGGCGCCCUCAGCUUCCUCAGAAGACCUUGGAGCCUCUGCAGAGGAAGCGGAGAGCUCUGGCCAUCGGCUUGACGAAAGCUGUGCGGCUGCUCCGUGUGGAGGAGGCGUGGCUCCUUCCACUCCAGAGCCGCCCUCUCAUCCUGGGCUGCCGGCCUGUUUGAAGAACCCCGGGGCGACUGUGGAGGAGACUCCGGGGGGCCACCCUGAAGGGGAGGCAAAGGAAAUGCCUGUGGCUGCUGAAAGUCUCGAAAGGGUGGCUGCCUCCCUCGUAGCAGCAGGCUCCUCGGAUGCGGGGCUCCAGGCUCCCUCGCAAGGCUCCGAAGACCCAGUCGUCGCCCAGGACAGCCCCGGAAGGGAGACGGAGCAGAGCGAAGGGAGCUCAUCUGUGCCGGCUGCUGGAGACGGCUCCGAUCCAGGGGCUCCGCCCAACGAUGAAGAAGGGGCAGGAUGUGACGCCUCGGAGACAGGAGACCAGACGGGCGAGAGGAUAUCCAAAGGGCCCACGGGAGACCACCCCUGCUCCAGUUCCGAGGACCAGCAGCCAGUGUCUGAUGUGGAGGAGGAGGAGGCUGAGCUAGAAGACGUGGACGCCGACCCCUCCGGGCGGGCCUCCGACAGCGACGUCAGUUUCGAGCAGUUCUUGAGGCGCCAGGACGAGCCCGAGUCGGUGAGUUCGGACGUGAGCGAGCAAGGCAGCGUGCACCUGGAGCCCCUGACCCCUUCGGAAGUGCUCGAGCACGAGGCCACAGAGAUCCUCCAGAAAGGCGGCCCGGUGGCCUCGUCAUCUAAGACGUCCGGGCCGGGCUCCGAGCAAGCAGAGGCCGGAGCGUCUCGAGAGGGCAGCCCCAGCCACGGGGAGGCAGCGGCCAGCCCAGCCGAGGAGAGUGCCACGGACGCCAGCUGAAGCAGCGGCACCGGUGCGAGGGCCAUGCGAGGGCCCGACAGCAAAACGGCGGCUGCCCUUCACGGACGCAGUUUGUGACAGCUGGAGAGAGAAUCACAAGUGACAUUUGCAGGCCCCGUGACACCAAGGAAGCAAGCCGAAACCAGCCGGCCUGCCUGCAGUAAUCUCACCUGAGAGGCCAGGAGGAAACCAUACAGUUUGUUUGUUCCGUUCCAAGUAAGUUCCCUGUAGACCUGUGUUGUUUGUUUGUAGUCCCGCUGGAGUGAUUGUGCUCCACGCAGAGCGUUUGGCCUGCUCUCAAGUCUGGAGGAGGAUGCGCUCCGGACGGACGGACGGGGUGUUGCAUCCCUGCCCUGUGGAAGCCUGCCGGGGGGGCGGGGGCUGCUGCAGCACUAGUCUGCACCUCUGGAUCGGUGUGAUCUGCGAAGGAGAUCGGCUUACCUUAAGCUUUCAGUGAAAGUGGAAUUUCCGUGAGACAGGUCGGGUGGGUUUCCCAGCGUGCAAGCUGUGCGGGAAAUAGUCUGGCACACUCUCUGUAGGAACGUUGACGCUCCCUGGCCUGCGUCUUUUGAGGUGGGGACUGUUUUGAAUAUUUUUAUCAGCAGCAGAACCCCCCCCCCUCAGAAACCCCAAGCCAUCGUUGAAAGGCAGAAGAAAAGACCUGAACUGGAAAUGCAUAAAGCUGUUACAGAAACAGAAAGCAGGAGCUGAGACAUCAAUUGUGGGGAGGGGGGGUGGAUUUUGGCAUGAAAAUCAUUUUGAUACGUAGUUAGGUGAAGGAAUGCAUCCAAUGACUUAAUGGUAGCUUGUGUUUAAGUAUUAAUUAAAACACUCCAUUUGGACCUUUUAGGAAGUUCUUUUGACUUGUUGUUUUUGGUUUUUAAUGAACAUUAAAUGUUUUGGAACAUCCAUUAAG